AUGGUACGUUUGGAUGAUUUGGUUCGUUAUAUAGAUGGGUUUUUGUCUGUGUUAAUUAAAGAAUAUGAUGAUGAAGUUGCUCAUAUAGGACUAUUCGAGUGUCAGAAAGGCAUUAUUAAAGCUAAAAACGCGUUCAAAAAUGCAAAAACCUUUGGUGAAAAACAUCAUUUUCAGUCUUGUUUGAAUAAUAUUACAUCUCGUCGUACUAUGAUAAAGGAAAUUAUAAAAAAAGGAGGAGGGCUUAAUAUGCAUUUUAAUUAUGUACAGGAUCGUGUUCGUUGGGCUGAUUCAGAAUCAGCUUUUAAAAGCAGACUUACAACUGGAGUCAUUAGCAAUUUGGAACAUAAGGAUCCAAAAUUUUUUCUGAAGGAUGCUAAAAUUAUAUUUAUUAGAAAAAUACAGAAUAUUUUAAAAAAAGAAAAAUCAGUAAAGGUUAAUGUAGUAUUCUCUGGAGAAUUUGAAAUUAUGAAGGGUGAUAAUUUGCUUAAAGAAUUCAAAUAUUUUACAACUGCAAAUUGCCCCAUUUAUACGAACACCAAAAUAAAUGAAUGGUUUGAUGAAAAGGUUAUAAAGCCAAUUUUAAUAGAUUUAGAGGAGUUUCAAGAACGUGACUCUGGUUGGGCAUUAAAAAAGGUCGAAAACUUAGUUGUGAAUAUCAGCAAGUAUAGCCCAUUACGCGUUUCAUCCUAUAUCCAACUACCUCCUCAAAUAGCUAAAAAACAUGCAUGUAUCAACGUCAAGAAUUAUGACCAAGCUUGCUUCGCAUGGGCUGUCACAUCUGCGUUACAUCCCGCUAAAAAUCAUCAACAAAUGGUUUCAUCGUAUCCGCAUUAUUCAUCGAUUUUAAAACUUAAAGGAAUUCAUUUCCCUAUGACUGAAAGACAGAUACCAAAUUUUGAGAAGCAGAACAAUGUUUCCAUUAAUUUAUACAUUUUGAAAAAACUGAAAUCUAAUUUAAUUACUCUUCCCACAUAUUUAACAAACAAUAAGAAAGAUCAACACGUUAACCUAUUGCUUAUUAAAGAUAAUUAUGAUGGUGAUCAUGUGGAAAAUAAUACUAACAAUCCUGUUAAACCCCAACAUCACAUACCUGCUGCUGUUGGAUACUAUUUCAAGUGCUCCUAUGAUGAUUCUUUAUCAUUUUAUCGAUCAUAUCGAGGUGACAACUGCAUGAAAUGGUUCGCUGAUGAAAUGUUGCAGCUCGCUGAAGAUAUAGCACCCGUAUUUUGGUGCCCGUAUGAUAUAGACAUGACUUCUACUGAGGAAGCUGAAUUUAAAAAAUCAUCUCAUUGUCAUAUAUGUGAACAACCAUUCGCCCCUGGUGAUAAAAAGGUUAGAGACCACAUACAUUAUUUAGCUACAAAUAAUUUUAGAGGUAGUUCCCAUGAAGGUUGCAAUAUUAAUUACCAGGAUAGCCAUGUUGUUUCGAUAGUUUUUCAUAAUUUAAGUGGAUAUGAUGCACAUUUUGUUAUUACAGACAUUGCAACUCGAAUUAAGGGAGAUAUUGAUCUCUUACCUAUCACCAAAGAAAAGUAUAUCUCCUUUACCAAACAUAUUGAAGAAUACCCCAUUCAAUUUCGAUUUAUCGAUAGUUUUCGAUUUAUGGCUUCUUCAUUAGAUAAACUCGCCUCGUAUUUAGAAGAAUUUCCUAAUUUAAAGAUUCAGUUUUGGGAGUUAUCUGAGGAACAGCUGAAUCUAUUAACUAAAAAAGGUGUAAUGCCAUAUGAUUAUAUAGACUCUUUUGAACGAUUUGAAGAAACUUGCUUGCCUCCAAUCGAAUUAUUUUACAACAAGUUAGAUGAUAAGCCUUGCCCACAUAGACUCUACCUUCGAGCACAGGAAAUAUGGAGCAAAUUUAAUUGUCGAAAUCUAGGUCAAUACGUCGACUUAUAUAUGAAGACGGAUAUUAUGCUUCUAGCAGACGUGUUUGAAAGGUUUCGUAAUAGCUGCCACAAAACAUAUGGUCUCGAUCCUGCUCAUUAUUAUACUUUACCUGGAUUUACAUGGGAUGCUAUGCUAAAAUAUACAAAACAGGAAUUAGAUCUAUUGACCGAUAUUGAUAUGUUUAUGUUUGUUGAAAGUGGUAUUCGAGGAGGACUUAGCCAAGUUUGCACAAAAAGGCGGGCUCACGCCAACAAUAAAUAUAUAGAGAAUUAUGAUUCUUCCAAACCUACCAAUUAUUUGAUGUACUUUGAUGUUAAUAAUCAGUAUGAAUGGGCCAUGUCUCAGUUUCUACCUUAUGGAGGGUUCGAAUGGGAUAAUACUAACAUUGAUGUAAUCUCCAUCCCUGAUGAUGCUCCUUUUGGAUAUAUUUUAGAAGUCGAUUUAGAGUACCCAGAAGUACUACAUGAUAGUCAUAAAGAUUUACCUUUUUGUUCUGAGCAUAUUAAUCCGAAAACAAAUUUACCCCCCAAAACGUCUAAGGAGCUUACUAAAUUAAUGGCGACACUUAAUUCAAAAAUAAAGUAUGUAAUUCACUAUCGCACCUUGAAGCAAGCUUUAGAUCAAGGGUUGAUAUUAAAAAAAAUUCAUCGUGUAUUGAAAUUUAAACAAGCACCCUGGCUUAAGAGUUAUAUCGAGCUCAACACCGAAUUGCGUAAGGAAUCGAAAAACGAGUUCGAGAAAAAUCUUUUCAAGCUUAUGAAUAAUGGAGUAUUUGUUUAUAGCGGAAAAAUAUACAAUGGGAAGCAGAUUGUAAAAGUAAUUACAAAGCUCGCAAGUAGAACCAAUAGUUGCGGAGCAAGUGCAGUUAGAGAGUGCACUGUUAGAAAUAUUAAUAAAGAAUUACUAAAUAAACUAGAAACUAAACUGGAUAAAUUUAAGAACACGCCUAAUAAAAUGGAUAGUUACAUUAACGAGGUGUCUGACAAAAUAGAAAGUAAUGAAUGCAAAAUAGCUGUAUUAAAUAAAAAAGUUGAACAAUAUGAUGGAACUCAGAAAAAUAAUGCCCUGAGAAUUGAUGAAGAAGACAACAAAGACAACUUAAAUCAUAAAACUCAUCAAUGA